AUGCCUCGAAAGUUCGAAGUAGGUCAAACUCAGCAGGGGCAGACACGAUGGACCAUUAUGAUGACAGCUCUAAAUGAUACGGGUGUCAGCGGCUGCACUGACUGUGGUAAAGAAGAGCUGACUAAAUCGCAGUUUAUCACUCGUGAGGGCACUUAUAAGCUGAUGACGUUGUCUGAGUAUUCUCGCCCAAGCCGCGUGCCACUGAACCCGACGCAGGGCAACAUCGUGUCUCGCAACACUCAGGUGCAUGUGUCGUUCGUCAGUGUGCCAGUCAGCGAUUCAGAAGUAGGCAGCUCCUCUGACCGCAUUUGCUUCAACGUUGGACGAGAGUUGUUCGUCUACAACUACGAAGGCGCUGCAGACCUUACGCGUCCGAUAGACAAGCGCAUUUACAAGGGCACUUAUCCCACGUGUCACGAUUUCAACCAGGCAGAGGCGAGCCUCGACUAUUGCCCCCUGCUGAUCGGUUUCUCGGCCGGUCAAGUACAACUCAUAAAUCCGUUCAAAAAGGAGAAUCAUCUGAACAAGCUGUUCAAUGAAGAGCGAGUUAUCGAAAGGUCACGUGUGACUUGUUUGAGAUGGGUGCCCGGCAGCGCUCAUCACUUCCUGGCCGCGUACGCUAGCGGCUUCAUGUACCUUUACAACGACGAGGUGAUGUGUAGUUGUUACCUACCAUCGUAUUUGCUGCUGAAGAAGAGCGAUGGCUUCGCGAUCCAUACCUGUAAAACCAAGUCCUCACGCAACCCGAUUUAUCGGUGGACCAUCGGCGAAGGGGCCAUCAACGAAUUCGCCUUCUCUCCCGACGGAAAGAGUCUUGCUGUGGUCAGCGAAGACGGCUAUCUGCGAGUGUUUAACUACAACGCGAUGGAACUAAUCGGCCUGAUGCGAAGUUACUUCGGCGGUUUGCUGUGUCUCGCCUGGUCCCCGGAUAUGAAGUACAUCGUAACGGGCGGUGAGGACGAUCUGAUCAGCGUUUUCAGCAUUGCUGAAAAGAGAACGGUGUGCCGCGGCGAAGGCCAUCUCUCGUGGGUUUCUAGAGUGGCCUUUGACCCCUAUACUAGUCUCAUCAGUUGCAACGGCAGUGCCCUUCGGCUGGAUUCUGAAGAGGACUUGGGUUCAGUAAGUCAGAAAGAGUUUUCCGCAUCGACACUGAACUCAUCAGUUUUGAAUGGGGACCAACCACUGUCCAGGAACCAAAGUCAGAAGCAGUCGGUCAGCAGUGUCAAUUCACUAGGACGGGUCAGCUAUCGAUUCGGAUCUGUCGGACAUGACACCCAUCUGUGUUUGUGGGAUCUGACCGAUGACGAGUUGAAGGCGCCCGCUGCCCGUCUUCGCAACAGCGUCCUGUUCAGCCACUCCCCUGUCAUUCCCAACAACCGUGGGUCAAACUCUGCGUCUGAUGGCAUAUUAACCACCCAGACAAAGCCUGCCGAUACGAAUCAGCAUUCGGCGACAGCGAAAAGUAAGCGGAUCUUAAUUUCAUUCGCUGGCAAAAAUUUCGACAAAUGCUGUGCCCCAGUGAAAGGGAGUGGAAAUGCCGUUAAUCCGGUAUCUGUGCAGGAAUCGAAGACUGUACUCGGAACCCUGAUCUGUCCUUACCUACAAGACGUACCUAUGAUCCAACCGUUGAUAAACAAGAAAAUCUCACAUGAGCGUUUAUCAGUGCUGGUGUUUCGAGAAGACAGUAUCGUAACAGCUUGCCAAGAGGGAUUCAUUUGUACUUGGGCACGGCCAGGAAGAACGGGUCUUAGCAAAAAGCACAGUAUUGGAUCUCCGAAAACCGGAAGUGCACCGAAUCUUCUUCCCGGUGGAACUAUAGUUUGA